CAUGUGGCGCUGCAAGGCGCAGGCGUCUCAGAGCUAGAAGAAAGCGGUGUGUGUGUAGACGGUGUACCACGAUUCGCAGUUUUCAUUGAAAAUGUCUACAAGCGACUUUUACUUGAGAUACUACGUCGGACACAAGGGCAAAUUCGGCCAUGAGUUUCUGGAAUUUGAAUUUCGGCCGGAUGGAAAGUUAAGGUAUGCAAACAACAGCAACUACAAGAAUGAUGUCAUGAUCAGAAAAGAGGCAUACGUACACAAGAGUGUGAUGGAGGAGUUGAAGAGGAUAAUCGACGAUAGCGAGAUAACAAAAGAAGACGACGCGCUCUGGCCACCACCAGAUCGAGUGGGCAGACAGGAACUGGAGAUUGUCAUUGGUGAUGAGCACAUCUCAUUCACAACCUCCAAGAUUGGGUCCUUGAUUGAUGUCAACCAGUCCAAAGAUCCAGAAGGCCUCAGAGUUUUCUACUACCUGGUCCAAGAUCUGAAGUGUCUGGUCUUCAGUCUCAUUGGCUUGCACUUCAAAAUCAAACCCAUCUAAGAUGGAAUGAAUGAAUAGCUGUCGCUGUUAUUACAUGUUUGCAUUGCUUGUUUAAUCUGUUAUUUUUUAUUUUAAAUAAAUAAAGUGGGGGAAAAUGCA